GGUUCGGAUCGGUUCGGAUUCAUUUUUAUCGGAUCGGGUUCGGUUCAGAUUUUCGGGUUCGAUUUAUUUGCCCAGCCCUAAUAUUUUUAGUAGUUUGAGACUUUGUUAGUUAUCUAAUUAUGUCAUUCUUUUUCUUUAUUGAUACAGAGAAAUAAGAUCCAUGCGACAAUGAAGAAAUCUAAUUUGUAAUAGAAAAAAGGUUUCAAAAAAAUAAAAAUAAUCCAAUUUGAGUCACAAAAACAUACUAAUACAUAUUCCUAACGAACACUAUAUUAAUUGUAUGAAAUAAGAUCUUGCGCAUGUCUUAAUCUAGUUUAGUAUACCCAAACCAUUCCUACCAAGGGGACUUCUUUUCCUUUUUUUUUUCACUUUGCUUACAACUAUGAAUCUUUUUUCGUUUCUCAAUAGCUUUGAGUCUUUGAUUAACACUCCUCUUGAAUUGUGUUUCUGGGAUUUUAUGGUUCUUGACAUACAUAAUUGCGAUUUUACCCAAAAAAAUAAAUCAUAACUGCGAUGAGCAAUCUCAGGCCAACAUAGUUUUUUAGUAUCGGCCCAACAUAUUAUUAAAGGAUAUAAACAUUUUUGGACUCAUUUAAAAUAUUUUUUUUAGAUGAAAAUAACAAAAUGCAAGUAAUGGCUCCACUUAGAAACAUUUAAUCCAUUGUAAAAGAGUUAGUGAUUAGACGACCAUCUCCAAUGGUUUACUUUUUUUUUUCAAAAUAGAGUAACUAUAUACUCUCUCCGUUUCACAAUACAUGAUGUUAUUCUUUAGUGCACAAAGAUUAAAAAAUUUAUUUUUCUCUAAAAAGUAGUUUUAAAAAUAUAAUUUAAAAAUCAUUCAACCAACUACAGAAAUGACUACAACAUCUAAUUGGUUACACAAUUUUCAAUAAAGUUAAAAAUAAUAUAAAAGUAUCAAAACAUCAUCUAUUUUGAAACAACAAAAAUCUUAUAAAACAUCAUCUAUUAUGAAUUGGAGGAAAUAUAAUAGAGUUGGUUGUUGUUCUAAUGAUACUUUAUUUUAUAAUGAAAAAUAGAAUAACUAUAUAUAAUAGAAUUAGUUGUUGUUCCAAUGAUAUUUUAUUUUAAAAUGAAAAAUAUAAUGAUGAUAAAAAAAAGUUAUUCUAUAUAUUGAAUGAAAAACAGAGUAAAAUAGAGUGAGAUUGAAGAUACUUUUACAUUACCAACAACUUCCGUAAAUUUAAUGUCCGCAUAUUUUACAUUUUAAGCACAAGCGUCUUAUAUUUUAGAAUCGACCUUGCCGAUAGAGCACUAAAUAUAAGUUUGGAAGCUAAAAAGUAAAUAGGUUAUCAGUAGUGACAAUAUACCAAUUUGUUGAAACAAAUAAAAGUUAUGAUUGGUGAAGAGUGGUUUAAGUUUUGAGUCUUUUACGAGUAAGUUUUUUUUUUGGUAAAAUAAAAAGGUGUUUUCACCUCUUUGCCGGGAACCCAAGCAUUGUAAAUAGUCCCUCCCAUCGUGAGUUGAACCCAAGUGGCGGAAAUUACAGCUGCAACCCCUUUACCACUAGGCCAACUCAACGUUGGUUUUACGAGUAAGUUUCUACAUGGUUCAAGUAUUUAAUUUCAUUCUUGUAUAAUUGUAAAUUCCAUGCAUCCGUUUACCAACAAACAAAAUCUAUAUAUUUUCGCAUUGCACAUCCAUAUUUCAUGUAGUAUAAAGGAAGACAUCAUCGUGACAAACAAAAAAGGAAGAGACAUAGUACAUGAAACAUCUAACUAAAACGGUCUUCUCUCUAUUCAAACAUCAGUUUUCAAAGGAGAACAUUUGAAGAGUUAUUUUCAUCCUUUUGAAAUGUAAGAAAGUUUCACAGAAUAAUACAGUUGCACUUGUACAAACACCACCUAAACCUAGAUAUCAUUCGAGAAAUAAGAUAAGAGCAUCUCUAAUCUAUAACUUCAUUUUUUUUUCAAAAUGGAGUAAAAUUGAAAUGAAGUAAAAUUGUUUCAACUCUACUCUAUUUUCUACUCUAUAAUGGAGUGAUAAACAAACAAAAAUAGAUUACUCCAUUUAUGUAGUAAAUUUUACUAUAGAGUGAGAUAUAAAAUUGGGUUGAAACAUUACUUACUUUAUAUUCACUUUUACUUUAUUUUAGAGAGAAAAAUAGAGUAGAAAUAGAGAUGUCCUAAAGGUGUCUUUGAACGUAUAGAGUCCUUAGAAUUUUGGUGAAAGAAACCAAAAACAACCAAAAAAAAACAAAAAAGCAGCUCCAAAAAAAAAACACGGGAAGAAAAGAGAAAAAGUGGGACCCAUUCCAUUCGUAGAAUGGACCAUUCCUUCUUCUCAUUAUUAUCACAUCUUCCCCCACGUUACCCAUUGCUGCAACUCACGCUCACUCUCGCGCUCCACUUCCAUCUCUCUCUUUGUUUUCCCCAACACCAUUCUUCUUCUGCAGUUGACAUAAUUCACUCAAAAAAGAUAUUUUCCAAUUUCAUUUCAUAUUCAAUCAAAGUCAUGUUAUGUAAAAUUUAAAACAUUUGAUUUCACACACAUAUAUAUAUAUAUAUGGUCAGGUCACUAUCAAUUUUGUACAAAACAAAAUAUAUUUUGGAAUUAUAGUUCAGUAAAAAUAUUAUUUAUCAGUUUUUAAAAAAAUAUUCGUAGAAAGCCGCGUCAUUUCUGUUCAAAAUCAGAAAUCACAACUCACGCCUGUAUCUUUUCUCUAUAUCUCUCUAGCUACCGUCACUCUCACUCUUCCCCUCUGCUUUGCUUAUUAUUUCUCCUCCAUCGAUAGUCUCCUUCUCACAAAACUUACUCAAAGAAACAAUGGACUCUUCACUGUCUCCAACCCCAUUUGAUCACCAAAACACAGAGCCAAAGAAAACCUUCACGACCUCUCUCAUCCCCCUCCGCUCCAACCACUUCAAAGAAGACACUUACUUCGUCUCCGAACUCAAACCCUCCGAGGCAAAAUCUCUCCAUGACCUCAAACACAAACUCUCAACUUCCUCCUUAGCAGCCUCUUCUUCCAUGUGGGGGGUCCCGCUCAUCGGCGGUGACGACAGAGCUGACGUCAUCCUCCUCAAGUUCCUCAGAGCCAGGGACUUCAAAGUCGGAGACUCGCUGAGGAUGCUUGAGAAGUGUUUGGAGUGGAGAGAAGAGUUCAAGACCGAGAAACUGACCGAAGAGGAUCUUGGUUUUAAAGAUUUGGAAGGUAGAGUAGCGUACAUGAGAGGGUACGACAAAGAAGGGCAUCCCGUGUGUUACAACGCGUACGGUGUGUUUAAAGAGAGAGAGAUGUACGAGAGAGUGUUUGGUGACGAGGAGAAAAUCAACAAGUUUUUGAGAUGGAGAGUUCAGGUUUUGGAGAGAGGUGUUAAGUUGCUUCAUUUUAAGCCUGGUGGUGUUAAUUCGAUUAUUCAAGUUACUGAUCUUAAGGAUAUGCCUAAGAGAGAGCUUAGAGUUGCUUCGAACCUGAUUCUUUCUCUCUUUCAGGAUAAUUACCCUGAGAUGGUUGCUACUAAGAUAUUCAUCAAUGUGCCUUGGUAUUUCAGUGUGAUCUACUCAAUGUUCAGCCCUUUCUUGACUCAUAGAACAAAGAGCAAGUUUGUAAUAUCCAAAGAAGGAAAUGCAGCCGAAACACUUUACAAGUUCAUAAGACCUGAAGAUAUUCCGGUGCAAUACGGCGGCCUUAGUCGUCCUACUGAAUCUCAAAAUGGACCACCUAAACCCGCUUCUGAAUUCUCCAUCAAGGGUGGUGAGAAAGUUAACAUUCAGAUCGAAGGCAUUGAGGGUGGAGCAACCAUAUCAUGGGACAUAGUAGUUGGAGGAUGGGACUUAGAGUACACGGCAGAGUUUGUUCCAAACGCUGAAGAGGGUUACGCGAUUGUUGUUGAGAAACCAAGAAGGAUGAAAGCUUCAGAUGAAGCUGUUUGCAACUCUUUCACGACAGGAGAAGCUGGGAAACUCAGUAUCUCGGUUGAUAACUCUUUGUCCCGCAAGAAGAAAGUUGCUGCUUAUCAUUACACUGUCAGAAAAUCUACUACAGCCGUCUAAGACCUUCUUGUUCAGAAGACGGGUUUCUUAUUACUACUUCGUUUUGUUGUGUUGUGGUUUGUUGGCUCAACAUUUGUGUUGAACUGGAUGUCUAAAUAUGCGAGAUAUGUAUAAAAACAAUGAUUGUAUGACAUUUAAUGUUUGGCUUAAUAUUUUAACAUUAGAUUGAAAAAGUAGCAAAAUCUUGUAUGCUUCUUUAUAUUCUCAGACGUUUGACCAGCAGUGCUUAUAUUUUAAACAUUGUUGAGAUUGUUCAGGACCAACAAUGGUAUGUACGUAGUUUGUCUCUGUUGCAUUCUCAGUGACAAGUAUUGGGUUUGUUUACCUUCAGAAAGCCACUGACAGUAUUAGGUUUGUUUACCUUCAGAAAAUGAACUCAGGGUAGAAUCUGAGAUUUCGGAGGCUCUAAACAUUUUCUUAAGAAAGUUUAUAAAUUUAUUUUUAAAAAUUUAAGGGACUAUUCUUGUAAAAUACUUCAAAAAAUUUGGAAACCAAAACCAAUAUUUCAUCCGGCUGUGACUAGAUUCCAUCUCGAGUGAACUCAACUAUGAAAUAUUUUUACAAGAAAAAAUCUAAAGCUUUAAAAGCCUAAACGGGUACCCAAACUUGAAGACCCAGUCAUUACCUAAUUUCCUGAGACCCUAAUAUACCAGAUUCUGCAUGUUUUGACUGCUUCUGGUGCCUAAUGCAUUUGUUACCCAAUACUUGUUCAAUGGAAGAAAUCAGAAACAAAGCGUAAAAUACCCAACGAUAAUGCAACAGAAGGCCCAAGGAAAACUAACUAACUACCAAACCAAAAUGAAUAGCAUAUAAAAGCCCAACGCACAGAAACAGAUAGACAGUUUUCUUUUCCAAGAAGAUAAGGUAAGAGUAACUCUGAUUAAUACCAAUUUUGUGAAGUGAAUACUAAAUUUUGUGGAAUCACCGUAGCCUAAUGAUUAAGGCUUAAAAAUUUUACACUCAAAUCUGGAGUUCAAAUCUUAGGCUAUGUAAUUUCUUGCAAAUUGUGCAUUAUAGAAGGUCUAAGUUUCAAUUAUCGGAGAAAACGACUUAUUAAACAAUUAUGCCGACGAUGUAAGAAGGGUUUAAAUAAUCAAAUUCCAAUGUUUUUAACCAAUAGUUUUUCAAUAAUCUUUCUCGUAAUGACUAUUGGUUAAAAAACAUUGGAAUUUGAUUAUUUAAAAAAAAUGAUACAUGUUUAAUGUAUUUUUUUAAUAUAUGUGAAAACACCAAAACAUAUAUCUUUAAGAAACGGAGGGAGUAUUUUCUAAUAAAUGGAUACUAACAUGUUUAGUAAGGCAAAUAAAAAAUAUCAUUUGCGUUUACAUUUUGCAAGAAAAAAAACCUGGAUCAUUUUAUAAUGGAAUAUCUAAAAUUACGAAGGAA